UAGCCAUAAUCAUAAAAGUGCAUUAUCAAAAUUUCACAAUGGAACAUAUGUGGUUAGCAAAUAUUGUUAAAAUGAGGUUCUGGCCAAUAAAAUGCCAGGAAAAUUAGUAUAAAUUGGACAAGAGCGUGAGGGUAACUUACAGAACUUGAUUUGGCAAUACUCACCAAAUCAGAUCCUCAUUUGAUCCUCAGCAAAAUGAAGGGCUCCAUUUUCACUUUAUUUCUACUCUCUUUCCUACUUGCCAUCUCAGAAGUGAAGAGCCAGGAGUCACUGAAGCUCUGCGGGAAAGACUUCAUCAGAGCAAUUAUCUACAUGUGUGGUGCCUCCAGGUGGAGAAGGCAUCUGGAGGAGAGACUUCAAGUUCAGCAAGCUGACAGAGAAAACUACUUCCAUCUCCCAAAUGAACAUGAGGUUUCUGAGGAAAUCACAGCGCACAACCUUCGGAAGCUGGAUUCCGCAGUAGAGGAGCUUCCUCAGGGUGGACAGCCACCCAGGGGAGGGAUGUGGGAGCCCAGGAAGCAGUCAGUGAAGUCAAGAAGAGACCUCUCCCUCAUGUGCUGCACUGCUGGCUGUAGCAUGGCUGAUUUGAGCUCUUUUUGUUAAGAUGAGAGCAAAUACCCAGUGGGUGGCAGAGCUUUACACAUGUUUAAUCACGGUGUUUCACUGCCUGGUACCACAGUUAUACAGCGUCACUAAAAUGAUGGCUUUUGAGUAGUCCAUGCUUCUUGUCUAAAAGUUGUGGAUGAAUGGUUAAAACCACAAUGAAGUCUGUUUUCUUCUUUUACCAAAAUUCUAAUGCUUUGAAUUUUAAAUGCUGGAAUAUAUGCUACCAUUAACUUAGAUCUGUGCAAAAUUGCAAUAAAAAUGUC